CCGACAGGAGAAGGGACUGCGGACAGACACCAGGCUAAUAAAUAUAAUAAUUAACACACCGGCGAAGAGGAACUUAAUGAUGUGAGGAGUCCUUCAUGUCGUCCUGGUCUGGGCUCAGCAUGGCGGAGGAGGAGGAGGAGGAGGAAGAGGAGGAGGAGGAGGAGGGCAGACGCUGCCUGGAGGCGCAGUUCGCUGCCGCAGUUAAAGUCAUCCGGAGUUUACCUGAAGAAGGUCAUUUUCAGCCAUCCGAUGACAUGAUGCUCAUGUUCUACAGCUACUACAAGCAAGCCACGCUGGGCCCCUGCGACGUUCCCAGACCCACUGGCUUCUGGGAUACCCGUGGCAAAGCCAAAUGGGAUGCAUGGAGCUCUUUAGGAGACAUGACAAAAGAGGAAGCCAUGAAGAAUUACAUUGAGGACAUCCAGCUGAUUUUGGAAACCAUCCCGGUCUCUGAGGAGGUGUCGGACCUGGUCCAGAAGCUGGGCAACUUCUACACCGAGGUAGAGGAAGACGACGUGGAGACGGAGCAGAGACGGUUCACCAGGCCUUACGCUCAUCACGCAGACGAUCUGGAUAGACCCUGUAAAAAACCAACAAUGGAGGGCUACGGGGAUCUGUGGGAUGAUAUUCAAAAUCCUCAGGAGAAAGACAGAGACGGCCCUGUUGAUGGCAGCUGCAGUGGCAGUGGCGAGGAAGCAGUGGUCAGCAGAGGAAACAGUCAAAUCCAGAUAACGAAGGAAAGGAGGGGUCUGUGGAGAAGUGAGGAAGAGGAGCAUGGUGAUGAAGAAGACAAUACACAGGAUGGAGACGGGGAGGAGGAACGAGACUGGAGCCCUGACCCCAGGCUGUUGGUGACGGAGGACAGGAGGUGGAGGUCUGACACCAAGGGCUCGGGCAGCAGCGUGGAGCCCAGCAUGUCCUCCGUCACCAACGGGACACACAGCUCGCUCAACAGCGAGCUGGAGGAGGAGCUGGCCUGUUCCAUCGAUCCCGGCGCAGAGUUUAAUCCAUACAUGCAUUUUAAUGGAUACGCAGGUGAGUAUAAAGAUGUAACUCCUGAGAAGAACCUCCGAUCCACAGACUCAGAUAAUGAAGAAUUCUGUGACUCAAUGGAGCAUCUGGCCAUGGAAGAGCGGUCGCCAUCAAGAGGCCAGUCGCCUGGAUCAGGAGCUGCCUCGGUCAGGCAGAGGGAGCUCUGGUUUGAGAGCAACGCCACGCUGACGGAGGGAGAGGAUGAAGCACCCAUCAGAGGAUCCUGCCUUAAAGAAGGGAUUAGUUCAAGCCAACACAACAGCUCCUUGUCAAGAAGAGUCAGAGGUUCAGCCUGCAGCUCUCGGUGGUGCGUCAGUGCGGACGCCGCCUGCUGCUGUGGAUCUCGCAGCAGACGUUCUGCCGGUGGACAGAUCAAUGAGCAGAUCGCUUCGGCCCUGUUGAGGCUGCAGCACGACAUGAACGGCGUUCUGCACAGACUGCACUCUCUGGAGGCGCUGACCAGGUCGCAGUCGAGAGCAUCCUCACCAUGUCAAGAGUUUCCUGCAAAUACCACUCAAAAGUUCCUGAGACCAUCCUGGUGGCCUUUUGACCUCUCUCCAUUCACAGUCAUGAUGACUGCUCUCUGGCCUCUGAUCGCCCAUCUGCUCGUCCAACUUUAUCUACAGCGGAAGAGGAGGAAAAUCCCAUGAAGUGUCUGACAGCCAUCAGCAUGAAUGACAGAACAUGACCUCUGUGCUUUGAGGCUUUGUGAAGCUCGGAGUGUUGAGCCAGCAGUAGAGGAGGACAGGCCGCUUCAGACAGCGGGCCGGAGGCUGUUCUAAAGGACGCUCGGCUCUGUCAUGUAGCAGCUUGACUUCAUCUUACACCUGUAGCAAACAGGCCGUUUCUGCUUAUAGUGCUGGCACAGUUUACUGGUAGUGUAGCAUGAGGCGGUGAUCUGUGUACGGCUCUGCGAUCGCCCGGAACUCAUGAGUCAUUAGGAUAUAUUAGCUGUGCUCGAUACACAGAAUCGUCAAGUCUGGCAUUGUCGCUGUUCUAUUUAUUUUUCAUCUCAUUGUUUAAUUAGGUGUUUUAUUAUCAUUAUUAUUGUUAUGCGCCCCAUUUUAGUUCCCGAUAACUAAGGACAUGGGUCUUUUAUGUGAGGUCUCACAUAUAUAAAUAUUUCAGGGGUAUUUAUUUUGAAAAGCAAAUGCACAUUUAGAAUGAAUAAUGUUACUUGUGUGUUAAAGUGUAUAAUUUUUUUUGUAGCUUGAGUGCAAAGUUUGCACUCUUGCCAAAAGGGGAAAUACAGAGUAUAGACAAUCCAUGUAGCUGCAGUAUAUGUAAUUACAAUUUUCUUCUCAGUUUACAGUGAAAUACAAAAUAAUCCUUAGCUGAAAUAAGGCCAUAGUGCUGAUU